AUGACGGUAAUCAUCUAUGGCAUCGGCGACUGUCCGCUGCUCCCUGGGGAUGUCGAGCUGUGGCUUGAGAUUCUUGUUGAAUCGGGACUCGAGGUCCUUCUUGGUGGCGGUGGAGCCUUCAAAAGUGCUCUGGAAUGCGACUUCGAUCUGUUUCCAGUCGAAGUUCGUCCCGAGUCUGAGGGCAGCGACGAAGAUAUCUUCGUCCUUUUGCCAUCUGUUGGCAUGACUUGCUGGCAUGCUGGCAGUUGGUUCUGUUGUGGAGGUCCUUUGAUGAGAGUGGUUUGGUGGUGGAGUGGUGAUUGUGACGUGAGAGGGGGAGGGAGAGAGAAAGAGGAUGUAAGAGAGCUGAAAUUUUACAUCAUCACUUUUUGCGCCGCUUCGGUCACUGUGAACGACCCUAGCUGCAAUGUCAGCAGCAGCUCCAGCCCUUUCCAGAUCGGCCUUUUUUGCUGUUAUGGUUUCUGCGCUGUGCAACGCAGUUAG